AUGUUUCAAUGUCAGUUAACCAAGCUCAACCAACUGACAAUUCCAAGGUGCGUCAAAUAUGGAGGUAAUCGUCAGGACACACAAAUACAUGGUUUCUGUGAUGCCAGUCAAUACGCAUUCGGAGCGUGUGUAUAUUUUCGAACUGACCUUGGCGAUGGCAACCAUCGAUGCGAACUAGUGUGUUCGAAAUCAAGAGUAGCACCGUUUAAGGCAAUAUCCCUACCAAGGUUAAAGUUGUCGGCAGCAUUGCUGCUAACACGGUUGAUGAACAAAGUAAAGAUGGCAAUGGAUUUGACUAACAUCAAGGUAUACCUUUGGUCAGAUUCAACUAUCACGUUAAAUUGGAUAGCUUCAGAGUCACGAAGAUAUUCCAUGUUUGUCGCAAACCGCAUCGGCGAGAUACAACGACUCACAUCCGACAUAAGUUGGCGACACGUGCCAUCUGGCCAAAAUCCAGCUGAUCUGUUGUCACGAGGAUUGAACCCACACCAACUAAUCCAGGCAACCACGUGGAGGAAUGGACCCAACUUUUUACAAGCUCCCGAAGACUAUUGGCCUUCUGUCGAAAUGUCAUCUCACGAGGAUGAACAUUUAGAACUUCGAAAAAUCCAUGCACACGUCGUCACGAUGAAUGAUAACAUAGUAAAAACCCUACUCAACAAUCAUUUAAAUCUCAACAAGGCUUGUCGCAUCCUAGCAUACCGUCUAAAAUUUCUGCGGAAAAAACCAAGAGCCACAACUCAUUUUAUUUCACACGAAGAAAUCAAAUCAGCACUGCACCUAAUGUGUAAGAUUGUGCAACAAACUACCUUUCCCGAAGAGUACAAGGCCUUAGAAGGGAAUCAGACUGUCAGUACCUGCAGCAAGAUUUUAUCACUCAACCCGUUCCGUGAUAAAAACGGACUGAUCAGGGUGGGAGGCAGAUUAAAACAUUCGCCCUUAAAUCAGGACGCGUGCCAUCCAAUUCUCCUGCCGAAGAAUCAUGAACUAACGCGCAAAAUCAUCACACAAACACACGAGCGCAAUUUACACUCAGGCACUCAAGCCACCAUAGCUAGCGUUAGACAGCAAUUUUGGCCCUUAUCCCUCCAGUUAGUAACGCGGAGUCUUAUUCUUAAAUGCAUCAAAUGUUUCAAGGCCAAACCCAUUCUUUCGGAAGCCCUCAUGGGCUCUUUGCUUGCCAGUUGCGUUACGAUCUCCAGAUCAUUUUCCCACUACGCCGGUCCACUGAUAUUAAGAGAAGGUAAACGUCGCAACGCGCGGAAUCAUAAGGCGUAUGUCGCCAUAUUCGUGUGUUUCGCUACGAAGGCGGUGCACGUAGAAUUAGUAAGUGACUUAAUCUCAGACGCGUUUUUAGCAACACUUAAAAGAUUCAUAUCGCGACGGGGCAAGCCUGCUCAAAUGAAUUCUGACAACGGCACCGCCUUCGUUGGAGCUCACAAUCAAUUGCAAGAAUUUUUCGAAUUUUUAAGUAAGGCCAAUGUACAGGAGGAGGUCAAAUUAUUUUUGCAAGAACAACAAAUUGUUUGCAAUUUUAUUCCUCCCAAGUGCCCCGCAUUGCGGAGGGCUGUGGGAAGCUGCGGUAAGGUCUGCGAAAACCCAUUUGUAUCGAAUUGUCGGGAAGGCGCAUUUAACAUUCGAAGAAAUGCAAACAAUCGAGAUAGAAGCGAUAUUGAAUUCGCGACCUAUAUCUCCAUUGAGCGAGGAUCCCAAUGA